CGCUGUGCGUGACACAUGAACUUGUCUCUGUCAGACAAAGUGGCUACCAUGACAACAGAGGCGAGUGCGGUGAGCGAGGCAGACACAGAGGGCAAGCGCAACGCCAGCGGUGCUGAGCCCGAACCUGAACCAGAGAACAAGCAGAACCCAGAGGCAUCAGCAUCUGAGCCGGAGGGCGAGCAGUCGAGCAAGAAGGCCCAGGGGCAGUCCUCUGAACCUGGGCCUGUGGAUAUAGCUUCCUCCCCCGAGGAGGAGCAGCUGAAGCCUCGUACCAGGACCUCUGCCGGGAAAGGCCUGUCCCGACUGUUCUCCUCCUUCCUCAAAAGGCGCUCGCAGUGCUCCGAGGGCGAGGGGUUUGAGGCGGAGAAAGCCAAGGAAGAAAAGGCUGAAAAAGAGGAAAAGGCUGACAAGGCAGAAGAAAAGAAGGAAGAAGAGGUGAAAAAAGAAGAGAAAGAGGCAAAAGUAGAAGAGGACAAAUCUGAGGUGAAGGAAGUAAAAACUGACGAAAACGACGAAAAAGAGGCGAAGAAAAAGGAAGAAAAACCUGAAAAGAAGGGCAGUAAAAAGAAGAAGAAAGAAGCCAAGAAGAAAGUAGAGGAAAAAGAUGUGCAGAUAGAGAAAAAGGACGAGACAAAGAAGAAGGAAGAGAAGAUCAAUAAGAAAGAGGAGGAAAAGGAAGAGGAAAAACCUCAGGAGGCUGUAGAGAAACCGCAGGAACAACAGGAGACAAAAGAAGAGAAGAAGGAGCCUGUUGAAGUUAAAGACAAGGGGGCAGAAACAGGUAAGAAGGAUGAGGCAAAGGUAGACAAGAAGGUGGCAAAGAAAAAAGAGAAAGAGGAAAAGGUAAAAAAGAAAGAAGAAAAACAAAAGGAAAUCAAGAUAAUCAACAAAAAAAUAUAA